AUUGGCCGUGCAGUCAGACGAGCGGCCGGCGUCGUUUUCGUUGCCACGCUUUCAUGGAAACGGCACAGAGAGUUUUACUAGCUGUUGGAUGGUUCUCUGUGUCAGCCGUAAGUUCUGUGGUUUUGUUGUGCUCUAGUGAAUCUUCUGCUUUUCCUGUCAUAGAUUUCAGGGUUCAGGCAAAGUGACAGUUAGAACUGGACUUCCGCUCACUUGACAUUAACGCCGCGGCAUCAUCGGCUUACGUUGGUGGUUUCAAAACCCUAGUCAUAAGAGCUGUUUAUCCUGGGCACCUCACUGGAGUGGCCACUUGUAGGUCGGCCAGGAGGAGGUGCUGCAGCCUUUGGAGCCUACACGACGAUGCCCCAUAAAGGCCACAGUGGCAUCAACCAGCUGGGCGGCGUGUAUGUAAACGGUCGGCCACUGCCAGAUUCCACACGUCAAAAGAUUGUGGAACUGGCGCAUAGUGGCGCUCGACCUUGUGAUAUAUCUCGAAUUCUCCAGGUUUCCAAUGGCUGCGUCUCCAAGAUCCUUGGCCGAUAUUACGAGACAGGCUCGAUCAAACCCAGAGCGAUCGGGGGUAGUAAACCCCGGGUGGCUACACCUCAUGUGGUCGCCAAAAUCGCCGAUUACAAGAGAGAGUGUCCAUCUAUAUUUGCUUGGGAGAUCAGAGAUAGGUUACUGUCGGAAGGGGUCUGCAAUAAUGAUAAUAUACCUAGCGUGUCGUCAAUCAACAGGGUGCUCCGUAACCUAGCUGCUCAAAAAGAGCAACAACAACAACACCAUCAACAUCAGCUGACGGUGCCGGGCGCCGAGCUGGUUUACGAUAAGUUAAGAAUGCUUAACGGCGGCCAGCCCUGGCCCUGGUAUCAUACCGGGGCUUCUCACCUGACCGCGGCGGGCGUUCCUCACGGAACAUCACCCGCGGGACUGUCAGCGGCUGCUGCCGCUGCUGCAGCAGCCACUGGCGGUCUUGUUCCUCCCGUUGUAUCAUCGGCUGGUCUGGGUGUAUGCAACGGACAACACAACGGUAGUGAUUCUAGUGCCAAAAAAAGUGUAAAUGAAGCGACCUCUGACGGAAAUUCAGAAAACAAUUCUUCAGCAGACGAAGAUUCCCAAAUGCGAAUGCGUCUGAAACGUAAGCUGCAACGAAAUCGAACCUCGUUUGCCAAUGAGCAGAUCGAGGCCCUUGAAAAAGAAUUUGAGAGAACGCACUAUCCAGACGUUUUUGCAAGGGAAAGGUUAGCGGAAAAAAUUUCCUUACCAGAAGCAAGGAUACAAGUGUGGUUUUCAAAUAGAAGAGCGAAAUGGCGGAGAGAAGAGAAACUACGAAAUCAAAGGCGAACCGUAGAUCAAGUGAGUGCAUCAUCCGUUGCAACACCAACCGCUGGACGGUUGCCAUUGAACGGUACUUUUGCAAACACAAUGUAUCCCUCUCUUGGACAGCCUAUGGGUGCAAUGCCAGACUCAUAUAGCAAAGACAUGUCUUCAUUUUAUAGCAUGGCUCCGGUGUCUGGCAUGACACCGAGUUCGUGUCUACAACAGAGAGACCCUGGAGCUUAUUCAUAUAUGCUGCACGAUACGCUCAGUCUUGGUGCCUAUUCUAGGGCGUCGUGUACACCAGCGCAGCCUAUGAAUACGCAUCCUUCGUACGCAGUCAGCGGAGCUAGUCCACAUAGUGCAGGUGUUAUAUCACCUGGAGUUACAGUGCCCGUGCAGGUUCCCGGACAAACACCCGAUAUUUCAGUAACGAGUAAUUACUGGCCGAGGAUCCAGUGACAAAGGGACUCCAGUGGUCGCCAUAAAUGGUCGUCCAGUGGUACUUCUCAAACACAACAGCAAUCUCAACAGCAACAACAUCAACAACAACAGCAAAUAUCGCAACAACAGCAAGAUAUGAUAAAUGAUCGCAAUCUUUCGAUUCUUGAUGGUCUAAGGUUAGGUGAAUCGCACUAUUUGCAUCCUCUUUUCCUUCAUCUGGCUUCUGGAGUAGAAAGAAAUUCAUCUUGGAAUACACCUGCCUUAGACCACAGUGCAUCGACAGAGCAUGAUGUCCAAGAAUCAAAAGCAAAAAUAGAGGAAGACAGCAAAUCACAUUCCGAGCACGAAACAUCUAUAGUUCAUAAUCUACCGAAAGUUUUAUAGCUACAAUCAAAUACUUAACUACUGUUUCAUGGGAUAUAACGCUCCAAUCAAGUUCUGCAGAAAUUUGUCUAAAAAAUUAAAUGUGAGUUUUUCUGAACUCUGUUUUUAAUUAAUUUUGAGUAUCAUCUUGAUAUUAAAUUGUACUUAAGUUGCACAUACAUGAAAUAUAUUUGAUGAGGGACCAUUCAAAUAUUACGUGAACGUAUUUUAGGCGAACUUGAAUCUCGCUCCAUCGUCAGCAAAAGAAAGUAAAUUGCAAACCACAAUCCCUUCGCUUAAGCAAGAUCUUUUCCUCUCGUCAAAAUGUAAUGUUUCACACAAAAUCUAGUUAUGUCUGAAAUUAAAGAAAUUUAGAAAUUAAAAAAAUUGGAAAGAAUAUUAAAAAUUAAAGAAAUUUAGUGUCUUCCAUAAACAUUGCUCAUACUUUCAUUCCUUGCCAGAGUAAGAAACGAAAUCACAAAUUUUCCUGCUCCUUAUGCGUUCACGUUAUGUUUGAAUAGUUCCAAAGAACAGAAUAAAAGUGCAAAAAGUUUGAUAUUAAAAUGUGAAUCUAAGCAUGAUCAGAUAAACAAUAUUUUAAAACAAAACUUUUAAUUUAAAAUUGCUUAUUAAAACACCUUCAUUGUCAAUAUCUUUUCUUAUGAUAAUCCCGAAUCUAAAGAAUUUGAUGAGAACAACUGAAAUUUUCUUUAUCAUAUGAGCCUUGUAAUAUUCAUUUUAUUAAAACACCAUUUUACUAACACAGCAAAGUUUAAGGCACAGCUUUAUGUUUAGUUCAAUUUAUUGCAGUUUGAAGCUUUUAUAUUUGUACAAAUAUAAUAAAAAAAUUUAAACUUAAAUAUUUUAGUGAUUGUUUUUAAAAAUAUUUAGCUACAAGAAUUAUUACUUACAAGAAUCAUUAUUUUCAACCUCCAAUGGAAUCAAAAAUAAAUUAUAAAUUGAAAUUGUUACCAAAAGUUGAGUAAAAAUUUAAUUACUCUUUAACGUAAUUGCCAGAAAGAUGUAUCAAAUUUUCUUAUCACUAAAUAAGCUUCGAUAUCGGUUCUAAACAAUCUCGCUAGGCGGUGAGUUUUAAAUUUCUCGUUGG